AUGAAGCGCUCCCAAGCUGCACAGGUCUACCCAGACUCCCUUUGCACUGCCAUUAGCAAGGACUUCGAGAUGGAAGAGGUUGCGCAAGACAUGUUCCAGCCAGAGGUACCAUCACCGACUGCACAGCUGGAUGCUGGCAACAAGACAUUGUAUGCCAAGGCGCCAGUUGAUGAUGCGAAGACCCUUUCGUUCACCUCAGGGGAUGAUGAGGGCAGUGCAGGACAAGAGGAUCAGCAAACUGCCUUUGUGAUUCCUUUUCACCUGUUCAGCGCUGAGAACUGGUCAUCAUUGAGAGAACCGGCAACCAUUGAUGACAGCAGCAAUGGCCAGAGUGGUGAAAUUGCCAAAGGUUCCAUCGGAUACCUCAAGGGUGCAGCGAGGGUUCUUCAACAUGAAGAAGUCCGUGAGAGGUGCAAUCCGGAAGCCUCCGUCAUCUAUCUCUUGGGUGGUUUCACUGCAGAACAUCAACCAGGGUUCAAAGCAGGCUGUCCAUUCUCUGAUGAGUCACUGCAGAGCAAGAAGCUCUUGGUGAACUUCAACCACAAGGGCGCAAGAACCUCGAAGGGCAGUCCAUGGCAACACCGGCUGAAGAAUUCCCUGGAGAGUUGUUCUGUGGUGGACGAGCUGUCAUCCUCAGUUCCAAAUGUGGAACAGUUCUUGCACCGGCUGGAGCUGGGCGAUGAGGUCUUGGAGAGCAAUCUCCUGAGCGUGGUGGAAGCCAAAUCGGAUGAUUGGAUGCCCCGGGAGAACGCAUGUAUCAUGGAGAUUCUGAAUGAGAUUUCCCCUGAGAAGGGUCAAGGUGCUCUGAUCUCCCAAUCUGAGCUUGAGGGGGCCAAAUCCACUUUGGACCAAUCGGCAUUGAACUUGCAAUUACAGGAGGUUGAUUAUGAUGAGAAGUGCCUAGCAGCAUACUUGUCAAAGCUAGACAGCUACAAGCUUCGCCUUCACCAUCAGAAGAAUGAGUGGGUUCAGAAACAGAUGGAGAGGGCCAAGACUUCUGUCCACAAGUGGUUUGAUUCGAAGGUUACUGCCAUUUGCUGGCCAGAGAAGAUUGAUGGUGCCACUGCCAUCAAUGCCAUGCAGCAGCUGGAAGAUACCGUUGGAAAGUGGACACAGUCACUUCAGCUUCGCACCCCAGCGUACCUCUUUGUGGCCAACUUUGUUGCUCCGUCGCUUGUGAAAUCAGAGCUGACACCAUGCAUCUUGAGGAGUAUGGUCUACUUCGUACUCUUGCAGGUGCAGGAUGCUCUGUGGACAGAUGCUCGUGACCAAAGGCCAAUGGCCUAUUCGGGCAAAUUCAUAGGACCUCUGGUGACCAGCUUGGACACCCAGAAGGUGGAAUGGCUUUGGAAGGAUCCAGCAAUCAACCGUCUGAGGCUCCAAGAUGAUCCACCUGCAGAGCAUUUGGAAUCUCCCCCUGAACCGCCUGCCUUGAAACGAUGCACUUAUGGGAAGGUUGAAGGGCAAAUUGUCACUUUGGAGAUCCCAGAAGCUGUUGUGAAGCAAUAUGGAUCGAAGGAGGAGUUCAAAACAUUCCAUGAAGGAUUCCUUCUCAGAAAUCCUCCCACCAAAACCUUCAAGACCAACAAGAAGGGGGCUGGAAACAACCCGAUCCAAUCGGCACCAGUGCAGAAGAAGCGUCUUCGUGAGGAAGAUCUUUCCAGCUGCCUCGUCGAUGUCGAUGAGAAGUUGACGCCUGAGGGUGACAGCAUUUUGGUGGAAGUGCCAAUCAUCAAUGCCCGUGCAGGCAAGAAGUUGGACACCAUGCCAGUGCUGCGGAUUUCAACCCGAGUUGGAGCAUACAUUGUGAACCAGUCUGGUCAUGAGGUGACCCUGCAAAAGAGCUCAGUGCUGUGUGGAUUUGGCAAAGCCAAGUUCAAGGAGGGUGGCAACAAUGAAACCCUUGAUACUGACACCGAAAUUCCGUUUGAAGUCAAUGAUGGUACCUAUGCUGUCUUGGACAACCAGUUUGGGACCAUAGGUGAACAUCUCAGCAAGGCGAAGCAGACCCAGCCAAACAACCACCAGGUUCGCUACCACAAAUCGACACAAGAUCCAGAUGGCAAGUGGCAAAUCGAGAAGGAGCAUGCUGUCAUCUUCUGCAUCCAAGCGGAGGAUGACAAGAACAAGGUGAGUCAAUCCCAGGUGGGUCAGUUUCUCAAACCGCCGCAUGCCUGGAACAGCAAGGCAGUGAAGUUGGGCUGGCAGCUGAAGUGGAGCCUCAAUGGCAUGCAGCCAUCACGGGCUGUGGUUUUCGUGGUCCAAGAUGUGACCAUCCCAGACCAAAAAGCGUUUUUGGUCCAGUAG